AGUGUCUUAUUAAAGGAGAAGGAAGAAAGCUGGGAGGUUGAUUUGGAUAGAUUAAUAGUGUCUGACGUAGUGCUUGGAGAGGGAGAGUUUGGAAUUGUUAAUAAAGGUAGCUACCGGGGACAAGAUGGAAGGAUCUAUGAUGUCGCAGUAAAGCAGUUGAAAGGUACUAUUAUAAAUGAAUGAAAGGCACCUAAUUUGGUUGAUAUGGUUUUUUUCCUUCAUUUAUCAGCCUUACUUUUAAAGGAAUGAGUAGACAUGCUGCAGCGAAACCUGUGUUGCGGAAGAAAUGUACACAAUGUACAUCAAUAUAUUUUUCUUGCAUUUACUUCUUUGUGUCACGCCUUCUUCUUCUUUUCAAAUGUCCUCUCCCGCAGGGCCCCCAAGAACUCCCACGGAAGGCUUGAUGCAGGUUAUCUGAUAUAAGUAAAUAAAUAAAUAAAUAAAUAAAUAAAUAAUGAUGAUGAUGAUGAAGAUGAUGAUGAUGAUGAUGAUGAUGAUGAUGAUGAUGAUGAUAAAGUAUAUAUCUUGCCGCGAUUUAAAAACAUCGAAUACAGUGAAAGCUAAUCAGUGUAUAACAUGUUAAUGAAUUUACUGUUAUGUGGCUUUUCUAUACAGAUGGUACAAGCAUGGCAGACAAAAACGAUUUAUUAGGUGAAAUAAAGAUGUUAAAACAAGCUGGACGGCAUCCAAACAUCGUCAGCUUAGUUGGCGUUUGUACUCGAGAGGGUAUGUUUUAUUCUAAUCAGUAUUUGCUGUAAUGAAUACUCUGCUCCUUUUUCUUUAAUAUGUUUCUUUUUUAUUUUUUAUUGUUAUUUCAGAGAAGAUUCUUGUUGUGACUGAACUGGUUCCGUAUGGUAGUUUAAAGGACUUCCUAAUAUCAAAACGAAUAGCAUGCGUUUCUGGUGAAGCGAGUCGUUAUGUAAAUGUACGUUUUGGCUUAAACGAGCGGACGUUACUUAAAAUCGCGUUUCAAAUCGCUUUGGGGAUGAAAUUCUUAGAAAAGAAAAAGGUAAGGGAAUAUACGUGCAAUACCUUUUUGCGUGCAAAUAUAAUACCUUCUUUCCAUUUUCAAAACGUGCUUACCUCUUUGUAAUAUAUCUUUAAAACAUUUUACUGUACCUUAGCACUUUCAGCAUAUGAAGGGAUGGUUAUUCUAGCAGAUAUUCUUCAUGUAGUAGUUGUCAUCCGUAGAGUGGUAUUUCUCUAUAUUCUUCCUCUGCACUGGGGCCGUCUGUCUUUGCUUUGUAUAUAUUAUUACGAGCCACUUUCUGUAAAUACCACGGAUAGGUGAGCAAGAAGGAAAAAUCGAAAUCCCCCAAACUUGGUCACAACAAAGCCAUUUGAAAACUAUUUUAGAAAAUACAAGACUCAGUUCGUUUGACUUUAUAUUUUCAAAAAUAAACAAUUUUUCAAUGUUCACCUUCGAGAGGCCUUUAAACCACCGAAAAAUGUGCUUGGUAUCCUCGUCGCUUCGUGAAUGGAAACGGAAACUAAUACCGUGAGUUUGUUUUAUAUAAAACAACUUUAUGAUCCUUCUUUUGUAUCUAAACGUUUUUACAAUUUCAAAAGAUUUCAAUCUGAUUUUUUAUUUUUUUAUUUUUUCAAAAUUACCCUCUAAAUCAAUAUUAUCGCGACCAUCAAUUUUGGGGUGUCAGUAAAACGCGGGGUCGGUCCCGGGCCUGGGUCGGGGUCUAUCUCUUUUUUUUAAAGAAUGCUGUUUUAGAGUUAAGGUUAGGGUUAGACUUAUCACUAACCGUAACCCUAACCCUAAAACAGCAUUCUUUAGAAAAAAAAUUGCACUGGCCCCGAUCCCGACCCCGCGUUUUACUAACACCCAUCUCAAAGAAAGAGCAAUGCUUCCCCUAUCAAUCUGUGAAAUAAAAAAUUGGGGCAAUUCAAACUGUGAGUCAGUGACAACUAAAAACAUUUACGAUCUACGACCUUUGAAUUUGCAGUUGUAUUGGUAAAUACAAGCGAGAAAUUAGACAGCAUUUCAAUUCUGGCCCAUUCGCCCCUUUUUCGCCAGUUUAAACACGAAAAAUCGUUCUAGACUUCACAGUAGCAAUUUUUCAAAAGGACAAGUAAUUUUAGUGUGCGAAUGUGAGCUAUGAACACUUCCCUUACGUGCGUAUUUGUUUACUAUUACGGUAUUUGUAACAGUUAUCAUUUAUUUACAAAACGACUUUAGUGUCGUUAACUAUUCUUUAAAAUGCUCUCAUUUCUCGUGAGACAAAUCGUUAUAGCUAUAAAAAAGGAAAAAACUUUGACCUACCUCACGUUUUUUGACAACAGACCCGAAGCAUUUAGCGAAACAAGAUUGAGUGACAAAGAAAUUUGAGACCCAGGUUUUUCCUUGAAGACAGAUACCAUUCUGAAAAAGAAAGUCACGCGGCACCUUCCGUAACUAUAAAAGCGAAACAUGCAGAUCUUCAAAAACCUUAGUUUCAUUGAAUUUUCUGUUAGAGCGAUCCUGAAAACGAAACAAAAUAUUUUCAGCAAGAGACUAUGAAGUGCAGGUAAGCCCUCACAGUCUCUUGUUUUUCAUAAACACCUGCUUAGACUUUCAAGCUGUUAAAAAAGCCUAUUGUACUACAGUUUCGUUUUGAAAUACGAUUAUGAAUUCCUUUCUUGUAUUCUUAGAAAAAUGACAUUGAGGGGAGAAAACUGUGGUAGGUCGUAGUCUGAAGUGACAAUCGUCUUUUCGCCCCAUCCCCCGGUUCUGGCAAACUCGAGCAAGUUUUGCAUUUCUGGGUAACGUUUGGGUGAAAUGUAGGCUUAUGGCACAUGUCAAGCCAGAAAAAGUGAGCAAUUUGGUAGGUAUUAAUGUCAAGUACGCCUGAACUGCGCCAGUAUAUUAAGCGCCUCUACUGACUCUGGCAGGGGACUGGGUGGGGAGGGGAAACUCUGGAAUGGAGCGAAGGGGACUUAGCUCUAAGCAUGCAGCCUGGGUUUUAGAUGUGCGUUUUCCUUGGCGAUAAAUUUCGCCCAUAUUGUCAAGCAACUGUUGAAAGAAGAUUGUUAGAGACUAUGAUAGAAAUGGCAAGCCCUAAUAUUCUCUUGUUUUUCAUGAACGCCUGCUGAUUUACAUUUCAGCUGGUGAAAAAGCCCAUUAAUUUUAAAACGUUCAGUUUCGUUUUGGGAAUGAGAUAAUGAAUGGCUUGUUACACAAUAUAUUAGUUUAGCUUGCUCUACUCGAUUAUGUUAAUUCAAGAUUAAGAUGGCUUACUACUGUUUUUGGAUGAAAACUAUAUCGACUUUUUCAAACUGGAACAUUUUUAGCAACUGAAGGUCUCUCCUGAAUUGUUAUUCAUUGCAAUUGAUGUAAGUUAUCACUCACAUUUUAUUACGUAGUUUAAGGCGAAAUAUAGUGACCGAGCACCCUAGAAGGGAACUAGGAACUAAACCUUUAAAGGCUUUAUUCUUAAAGACUAGCCGUAGUCCUAAAAAUUUGAGCCCAGGUCGUACGGCUAGGUUUUGAGAAAUUUAGCGUGGAAAUUGUCUUUUUACGACCUCCAUGGAGAAAAGCAUUGCGCAUGCCUCACUGUUCGGGAAAAACCCUGCUGGCGAGAUGGCGUGUGCACUCUGUUUUCCAACGUUGAGACUGCCUUUCAUUCGUAGCGCUGGCCGCCAUUUGUCAAGCUAAAAGUUAAAUUUGUUUGGACUAUCCGAUCCUUGCAUGGACGGGUACAGCGUGGUUACCACAACCGAACGUUGACCACAGAAAAGGAAAUAUGGUGACAUUUAACAGGAAUUUUUAAACCUCACUUCAUUCUGGAUUUGUGGACGAUAGUAGUGCUUCACUUGUGAAACAGAACCGCAUUUUGUCUUCUUUGCAUGGUACGGAUAUUAGCUUCAUGGGGACGAAGUGAAUAAAUGAAAUCCAAAAGAUAAAUUUACAACUUGCAAAGCGAUCAUCCGGUCAUCAUAGGUCUUGACAACGGAUUUGUGUACAGAUCAUGUGCAUUACGUCAAAAACAAGGAUCAACGGUAUUGAGAAGGAACAAAACAUGGCGGUCGAAGGCGGGACUGUUCUCACUAUUUUAUUUUGGUAAUUCGCAAACUUAUUGAUUUUAUGUCGCUUUUCAGACAUGGUGCGUGGUUUUCUAUUAGUUUAUAACUGACGAGUUUUGUCCGCUGCGUUUGGAAUAUGCAACUUAUAGCGUUCGCUGCGUAUAGCUGAUAAGAAUUGGAACCGCCGAAGAGUUGAGCUAUCGGUGUUUUGCUGUAAACCUAAAGAAAGUUAAGGUGGCUUCAAGGUACAGAGCUUUCAGAAAUGGUCGUGAUUUUUUUUUAUUAGGAUCGUUUUGAAUUUUAACUUUGAAUUCAAGGUCAGUUGUUGACUGAUCAUCAUAAACGAAGUCAAAUGUUAUGAUGUGUGAAUCUGUUUAAUCAGGUAUGUAAGCUUAUAUUUAUAUAGCUCUCUUAAAUAGAUUUACUUCCCAUGAAUUUGACACUUUCUCCAGUGGUUUCUAUCAGCAUCAUAACUUCUAUAAUCUUCUGAUGUCCUCGCCGGGCGAAAACGAUAUACCCUACAUAAAAUCCAUCGACAGGCCAGCGCGCUUUGUUGUCGGUUAAGAAAUUACACGGUUGCAGUGACUGUCGUUUGCGUUUGGUUUCCCUCGCAAUUUCAGUACCAAAGGACAAAUAAGUUAUACGAGAAAAACAAAGAGGCAUGAUGUAUUUUUUUUUAAUUAUUGAAUUAUUUCCUCUUCCGGUUCGCCUCUCGCUUCUAAAAUAUUUGCUUUGGGAAAAAUAUUGCAAUUAUUGCUAUUAUCCGCUGACCACCGCGCAAGAUGACCGCUUUGCAACUAGUUGUGAGAAGGUCAUCACUCGUUAACAUUCGUCGAAAGGUUCUCUUAUCUUCGAUCGGAUUUCGGAAACGUAUGACGUCACGCUCGCCUCGUGGUUCAUAUUUACCUGUAACUGAUGUAAGCUUCGCUUCGAUCGUCCACUCUGAUUUGUCUGAUGAUCUGAUGUUUGUUUCGAGGUCUUGUCUUGCUUUUUCGAUUAUCCCUCGAUUGAUUCAACCAAGAAGAUACCACUGCAUCUGUUUGGAAAGGAUGCUUUAAUGUUUGGCCUCGAUCAAGCCUCUUCUCACAUCAAGAAGGUCCUUUCAGCGGAAGUUACGGAGUAACAUCCCUUGAAUGGCCCGGGAUCGAAUGGCAUUCAUGAAGAAUUACACGAGCAAGCAAAUAAAACUCAAACGAACCGCUGCCUCUUUUAACAACUUUUUCAAAUAUUGGCGGGAAUAUAAAAAAAUAGAGAAUUAUCCUUGUGUGUAAUGUCUGUCUCUGUCGAAUAAUAAUGAAUGCUUGCAACAACAACCACAACAACUUUAUUUGUACCCUACAAUGAUUUACAUGAUACAACAAGAAUCGCCGAAAGGCGAUUUUUAACUGGGCUGCAAAGGGGCUAUUUGUUCUGAGGGGAGGGGGUGGCUAUACACACUCAGGCUAACAUAAAACCUUGUCGGCAACCAUUGCAUACAACAGAAUCUCAUGUGAGACUGAAACAUAAACUCAUUCAGAACAUUGUACCCUUUUGAAAGACUUUCGUAACCAUUAUUUCCACGCACCCCUCCCCCAAUCCCUCUGUGCCCCAAAAUAUAGCGUGACAGUAUAACGUGACUAAUUUGACGUAACCGGAAAUUCCAAAAAUUGUUGUCCUUCUACGAGCAUAAAAUGCGACAGACUGAGCUGAUUUACACUGGACAGAAAUAUUGUAUUGUAUGAAAACCAGAAGUAUACUAAAACAGACAGUUAACUGCCCAUUGAUCCCGCCUGGGGCCUCACUGACUGCACGGACACUUUACUGCGCUUUUCACAAACAUGCGAACUCUAAAGUCCAAAAGCCACCUUCACAAUUGUGUUUAUCUCUGCUGUCAAUCAUAAUUACUAUCACAAGCAACUAACCUUGAAACAGAAACACACAAAACGGAUCGAAAUCCACAAAUCACAAACCAUUACCUUUUGAACCCGUGAAGUAAAGUUUUGUUUCCUAAGAGGUCCGUUAAGAUGAUUGACAGCAGCGAAAAACGCAAUCGUCGGUUGGGUUCUGAACUUCAGAACUCGCAUGUUCGUGAAAAGUGCGAUCCUAAUUUGCGGUCCACAGUCUACAUGAAAACGCACUUUUGUUUCCACAGGAUGAAAAAUAUUCAGUUUUAAGAUUUUCCUCAUGGUAUUUUUCUCUAACUUAAAGGAAUAAAAUCCUUUGCAUUUUGAGCCCUAAAAAAGUUUACAGAAUUCUCGCUCGCAUGUUGCGUUCACCAGCACGCACUUCAAACAAUGUAAAUAGAUGAAACGAUCGAUAACAUAUUUUUGACCUCAUACCGACGUGAGUUAAAAAUUCGCUCCAGUUCUGUUUGUCUCACCCAAGACUAACUUUUCUUCAUGGAAGAAAACUAUGCCGCUUUAUAACUCGUCCGAAGUUUUUGUGCCAGCUAAACAAUAUGCAUGGAAACACUAUUCACAGUGACUCCUUGGAUAUUAAAAAGACUGAACGUGACGCACUAUUAUGCCUUUGUUUACUUCUGAUCACAUCUUAAAGCGAAGUCUCUCUUUUCAAGCGAUUCAUCUCAAUGCACAAUAAUUGACCCUUAUAUUAGUUAAAAUCCUAUGGUUCAUUUAUAUUAAUGCUGUUUUUGCCCCUCACAUUGACUGUGUUCGUUCGUAUUCAAAACACCUUUACGAAAAUAAAGGCCGUAUAAGUCAUGUGUGUUAUGUUUCGAGAUAAAUGGAUUAUACGCUUUUUUAAGUUUCCAUUUUGCAGUGAGACUGCAGUGACUUCAGUUUACAUCACCAUAAAAUGGUAAAAGAAAUAUCAAGAAACAUCACGAGAGCUGAAAAUUUUCAAAGGCAUGUUUCUGAAACUCGCUAAUGCUAACAUCAAUAUAGCGUGCUUGCUGAAUGGGCGAAAACACAGAAUUGUGAUCACAAGAUCUUGUACAAAUUUAAUCAUAAAAGCUUGGCAAGAUACAGAUACAAACAAAAGCAAACCCCCUGAAACCUCGACGUGGGCUACACUUGUAUGCUCUAUUCAGUCACCAAACCUUGUCAGUAAUAGCUCCUAUUUUCCUCAAGUCGCUCUCUGUGAAGCUCCCGGAUGGGAUGUUCCGGAGAAGCUUUAAACUUGUGUGCGAAAUUCUCAGAGUUCCUAUUUUUGUCCCUGGAUUCUUUAUCCUCAGUAUCCGAAAUUUAGAACUCCAAAGUGGCGUGUGUUGCAUUAAAUAGAAGGAAAUAUUUAAAGGAAAAGCCAGUCUUGUAACAUGGCAAAGUUGUCACGUCCCUCGCUCAUGGACGUGCGUCACAUCAGGAUUUCAUCUGCCAUUCAUCGGCAACUGAGUUGUUCGCUUCACUGACUAUGACGACUUACAAUCAAGUCUUCAGCCAUAGUGUCGUCAACUGGUGCAAUACUUUGCUCAUAAAUUGUGCUUCUUAAUUGCUCAUGUACUACAUCGAUCGAUAGUUCACGAAGCGGCCACGGCGUUCCAAACCUGACGCUCACAGUCAUCUUUUAAGUCUUUUAGUGUGAACCUACCGUGAACGGCGUGUCGAUUUGAAUGCAACGUGAGCAUUUCUCUGAGUUUCCCGGCGCCAACAUCAUCUAACUGACUUAAACUCGAACAUUAAUGAAAAAAAAAAGUGACUCCCAUGGUCGAAUCGCUUCGAACAACGCAAAUAGCCUUCUUCAGGUUCGCAACGCCUUGUGGGUUUUUCAGGGGGAGCGCAGACAAGGUACAAAAAGUAUCCGUGCUAGGCUCCGUGCAAGAGAAACUCAUAUGAAACCAUUUGUGAGAACAUCGUUUCUCGGUACCAGACCCUCGUGUCCUCCCUCCCCCGGGAGACCACUUUUUGACACCGACGACCGAAAGCCCAUUUUAUGACUGGGCCGUACAGGCAGCCCAGUAAAAAAAUUCGAAAAAGAUAUAGAGAGAGUACAGGCUACCCAAAAUAGCCAUUGAGGGCUGAAAAGAUAAGGCAGCCUUAAUUUAGGUUAUUAAUAAAUGAUUAUAUUAAUAAAGGGUCAGGUACCGCACACCACACACAGCUACACAAAUCAACAAAACUCGGAAACCCAGGCAUUGUUUGGGAUACAAGAUAGCCUUUAUUAAUUAUAAGGAAAUACAAUACAUGGUAAAUAACUAAAAGGUAAUAUUUAGUACAAAUAAAGUGCUCCAACAAAUAAGAAAGACCAAACUAAAAAAAAUAAUUAAAACAACCUCAAUCAAAUAAUAAAAGUGAUCACGGGGGGGGGGGGCACUGCCAUAUAUGGGCUAUAUAGGUAGGUGCCGCUGUCAAGGGUAUGGUUUUCAAGCAGUUUACUCUAGGAUAGGGUAUAUAAAUCAGAGCGUUUGGGUCUAGAAUAGGGUGUCAUUUAUCAGGAAACUGAUCAGUUGGUUGAAGAUGCUAUCUAGACUAGGGAAACAGCUACUCUAGGAUAGGGGGAUUUGGGGAGCUUACUCUAGUAUAGGGUAGCAAAAUUUAGCUGAACUAGCUCUGGUAUGGGUUAAGAGUUCCAAGGUCCCAUCAGCACGUCCCCACCAAGAAAUUCCUAAAGUACCCCCCGCCCCCCUCGGGGUGAUCACACUGUCCAUGAAUAGAACAAAACAAACCCCUACAGGGAGGGAGAGAGGGAAAUGAUUGCUAGUCCAAUAAAAGUGAAUGUUGCUACUGCAAAUGCCAAUGUGAAUAAACUAGAAUUGUAUCCGUCUUUACCGUAAAACUACUAUAUCCUAGGUACUAAACACGUGGUAUAUGAAAUCCCUCGUGCCAAAAAACUACUGUGAUGCUGUACUAGUCCUACAUCCCAAUGAGACGCCUUCCUUUGAGAUUUAGGACUGCAUCAGUCGUCUCUACUGAUACCCCCCCCCCCCCCAAAAAAAAAAAAAAAAAAAAAAAAACAGAAGAAAAAGAAAGACAGCAAAAGAAAGCGAGGUAUGCCAAUAUUAAACAACGACAACGGAAAGUCAAAGCUUGCACUAAGUUGUCUGAUAAUGUAUAUUCUGUUUCAUCCGCUGAAGAAGCCCACAAGCUAAUCGAAGAUUUUAAGACUUGAAAUACCAUAAAAUUUUCCUGCAACAAGGCAAGCAAAGGCUUUGGAGGCACAGGUGAGUAGUUAGCUAUAGUAUCAUUUACAAAGUGGGCCGUUGACCAUAGCCCUACUCCAAUUAUUUAUUUCCCAAAAUGUCAUUUGCUUAGUUUGUUAGCACAAGCAAACCGCUUUGAGAUCUUAACAGUGUCCAUGGAAUCUGCAAUCGACAGUUGGGUAGCAUAAGUAGUCAGUUGUUCAAACAAAGGCUAAAACGAUCCUGCUUCAUGGUUCUCGUUGAGUCGUUGGAGGGUAGAAAACGUACGCCCUGGAUGCUACAACUGGUGUUUAAUAAAACCUUAACAAUUCCACUUGAUCAAUUUUGGGUUGAGAAACAUGGCUGCAGUGGUGGUAGGGAAGGGGGUUGGAGGUGAGGAUUGAGAGGGUACCAAAAAUCAAUCCGCCAGUCAAAUCACACAGUCAGUAAUGCAUAUAGAAAACUGAAGGGAAGUUUAUUGAUGAUCAAACAAGUUGAAUAAUUACUUUUCCAUGUUUGUUUUGCUUCAUGAAAUUAAAUGGCAUCUGCUCUACUUGAUUGAAUGACAGAGCAUUUUCUUUCUUUCUAGAAUGAAUGACAUGCCUUUACUGCGAAAGAAGUUGAAGGAACAAUUACAGCAGAAGAGGCUUUAAAUUGCACUUAUAAACUAGCAAAAAGCAAAAGCUCCAAGAAAUCAGAGAGUGGGGAUUAUUUACAGAGAGGGAAGGCAGGGCUGCCAACCCCCAACAUUUACAAAUAUUGAGAGUUGAUAGGGAAGGGAUGAUAGAUGACGUCAUUUGUGCAAAAAAGACUCUUUGAAUCCGAUCAUCUCGAAUAUUUGCGGUGACGCAGAACGCUCGAAAAAGAUGUUGUUGGCAUUGUAACAUUUGACCAAUCACAUUAUUGUUUAUAUCAAAAUUGCAUACUGGAGUUUGUGAGGAAACGUUCAAUCUUAACAUCAAAAUAAUAAUUAUUCAAACAAAGCAAAAGAUUUGAAAUUUUAUUGUCGGAAAGUCGAGUCUACAAGAAAUGGCAAACUUUCGGCGAAAAUCUGGGAGAUUUCAUACUCUAAUCUGGAGACUGGGAGAUACGGUCCAAAAUCUGGAGUCUCCCGGUUGAUAGCACUGAGAAGGGAUAAUGCAGAUGGGAAGAUACCAUUUCCAAAUUCUCUGGACCCUCGCCUUUCAGUUUUUACAGGACAUUUUUGAUGAAACAACAAAAAGCACAGUCAAAACUCUGAGGGGUACUUAAGUUGAAUUAAAAUGUAUUGAUUCCACCAUUCAUUCAUUUUGAUGUGCUGUUAAGAAAAAGUAUUCAAAAAAUCUUGAACAAAUCCAUUGACCCGAUAGGCAACCAUUCCCUAGAAAUAACUUGUAGAUAUCUUGUAGGUGAAGACUUCAUAGUAUCAAUGGCUUCAAACCAAAGUAAACAGUUUAAGCACAUUUUCAUUUGCAACCUUAAUUACAAAGCAUAAAAUAAGUAAGCCUAAAUAAAUUAAUAAAUAAAUCUGACUGAAUUUAUGUAAACAUGGCUUCAAUGAGUGUCUACAGGUGUUAUGCUAAGUGUGUCCUUGGUACCAAGACUUUGAUCCUAUCCUCACCCAGGACAAUGGGUGACUAUCUGCACCUCCCACUGAGCUCUGCAAUUAUCAACAACAACAACAAAACUUAUGAACCAAAUAAAGUUACAGAAGUAUUGCCUGCAGCUAACAAGGCUAUUCCAGGCAGGACAAUGUGUGCAAAAUAUAAAAAUAAAAACUAAGGCUAUUAACAUUAUCACUCUCAGCGGGAGCCUGAUUCAGCUCAGUGGCUAGGGCAAAUUAAGAACAAGGUACUUGCCAGUCAAAGCCUCUAGUGAACACUGCUGCUUACUGAAGGGGUUGUGUCAAAAUAGCCCUCUCCCUUCGCCACUAGUUUUGUCCCCUAGGCCUGAUCCAUCCACCCACUGUCAGGGCUGGCCACGUUUUAACGAAAUCAGACAUUAUUAAUAUUAUUAUAUUAUUCUCCUCAAGUGUGAAAUAUCAGUAUGGCGAUUUAUGCACUGUACAUGUAUUCAAUAAGGAAAGUGAUAAUGUAUAAUUGUCACCUAGAUACAUCAUACAUGCCUGGGGCGGAGUAUAAUAAGUUUGUAAGAACAGGCUUGAAUUAUCAAAACAUCCUCUAAACGAAGGCAGUGGCAUCUUCUUGUUCGAAUUGAUUGGAAUCAAUCGAAGAAUGAUCGAAAAAGUGGGACAAAACCCCUAACCAAAAAUCGGUCGGAUGUAGACGAUCGAACAUCGAAGUGCAGAUGAAUCACAUAUUUUAAACUUGGAGGCGAGCGUGACGUCAUACGUUUACGAAAUCCGUCCGAAGAUAAGAGGGCCUUUCGACGGAUGUUAACUAGUGCUGACCCUGUGAGAACAUCGUUUUUUGGUCCCAGACCUCGUCUCCCCCACCCCCCCGUCCCGUCCCCCCUCAUGAAGAAAUUCCUUUGGAACAUGAAAGAAAAUUUUUAUGUUAACAAAGUGGCUACAUAGUUCAUCUCCGCGUAUAAUAACGUGUGCAAACUGCAUCGCGGCAAACCGCCUUCAGAGAAAGACUUCUCCACAAUUUUUUGUCGACAAAGUCAAUUUGCUCGUUCUCGCCGGUCAGAAGUCUCUCAUGGGAGCUAUAACGGUACUGUUGUAAGUCUGCUUUCCUGUCUGCUACUGCUGACAACAUUAAUCGUCUUGUUUAUCACGUACUCUGUCAGUGGCAGUGUUGACCAAAAUAUGACUUAGCUUUAUUCUUAUUAGAACCACGGCAUUACAGAAACCUUUAUUUUCACAGUCAUAGAAUUUUUAAAUUCACACAUCAUUUAGGAUUUAUUGAUGAUAACUUGCAAAACAGCUUGAAAAACCGAACCCUAUCUAAAACGUGUGACAUUACAACCUGGGUCAAGGACCUCAUGAACGCCCAUAUCCUACUGUCAAUGAUCUUCUCUUCUUUUUCCUCAAUGUUGGCUGCGAAAAUGGGUCCAAUCAGCUCAAAAAACUAUUCCUUAACAACACUGGGAGAAAAGGAGAGAGGAAUCAGAGGGAAGUGACCCUGGUUAAAUGUCACCAAUUGUAGUCUGGUUGUGUUCCUUUGUUUCUUCGGCUCGAGGCCGAAUCAUUUUAUGUACAUUUUUUUUCUCGUCUGUUGCAAAAGCGAUUGUUGUAUUUUACAAAUCAUAAAUUAGAACAGAUACCGCAGGUACAAAAUCGAUUAUUAUCCACUUGUUCAUAAUGUUUUUCAGUUGUCGAAAAUAAUAUAGGUGACACGUCAGUGCGAAAGUUUAAUAUCUCUUUGUCAUAUUCUUGAGCCGAAAACCUGCGAAAACUCAGCAGUAAUAAUAAAAGAACGUUUUACUCACAUAUAUCUAAAGCGUUUGCUACAGAAUUACUUCUUGAGAAACCCCAGAACAAAACGGAAUUUUUUGGGGGAAGUUUUUCAUAUUGAACUUUUGUCGAUGAUCCAAAGAUCUUCGAACACCUUACGAAUUACUUUUUCGACAUUUGGGUGAUUAAGAUAAAAGAAAGUUUAAUUCACAUCACGACAACCAAUAUUUUGGUAUUCCUGGAAGAACACCUUCAUGAAAGAAAUUGCACGAAUUGUUUAAUAUUUACGAAACCGGAGUUCAGGAUAAACGGAAAUUCCAAAACAGGAGUCAAAAUCAAGAAAUUUUACAGCAAGUAAUCGUUGAAAGAUUUUUAUUUACCCUCAUUAGCGUAGACAUAGAAAUAAAUUAUUUUGCCGUAAUUCCAGCUGAGUGAAUGAAAAAAUAGCAUUACUAGGGAGAGUGCCAUUUUUCUUUCUACUGAUUGCCAAACGUGUGGCAAAGUUUGGCUUGAAAAUAUAUAAUACUUUGCUCGUCCUGUGUUUUAACAAGAACUCACGACUCGCGCAUUUUUGAAUGUAUCUGUUUCAGUAAACGAUUCCCAGCACUAACGCAGGCUACUAGCCCUGGACGCGAACGUUAAAGAAAAGCACGAGGAUGGGCUUGGAAAGCAAGAUUUCCCCGAGAUUAUUAUUGUUAUUAUUACUUUUAAUUUGUCAUCCUUUAUUUACUUACAAAGAAGGUUUGUGAACAGUCCACAUGUAGUAUUGCCUUGAUUCAAGGUCACAUAGUAGCGUCAGGCACUUCAUGAAAAAUGGUAGCAUUGCUAUCGAAAAAAUCUCAAAAGGAACAGUUUUUUAACAGUUAGUCCCGUGGCCCGAAAGGGCUUCAGGUCAAUAGCCCAUACGGCUUCGCCCCAUGGGCUAUUGACCUGUGGCCCUUAAGGGCGAAGGGUCUAAUUGUUUUAGUUUCACCCAACUAGUCGGACAAAAAGCAGGUAAGAAAUACUUAUUUUAAACAAAUAUUGGAUGAGGUUUUUUAAUACCCGGAAUAAUCAAGGUCGAGGUAAGUGUUAUUCGAUUCGUCGGGGUUAUCUGCUUGAUGAUUUUUGGAAAUAAAGGGGCUGCGAAACUCAUAGUAACGUCGCCCUUGAGGUGUACUCCGAAGAACCAAUAUAUCUGAGAUGAGUUUUCUGUGAUUUUCAUUCCCUUUUACUGAAAUAAAAGGUUAUGUAAAACCAUUCAGUACGGAGGAUUUGAGACGGAUCCAAGGUAUCCCACUCGCCCAGUUGCCCUGUUCCGUAAAACUGUUGCAGUUGUUCGCUCGUAAUAGGAUUUUUAUGAAGGGUCUGCCAACUUUCCCUUCCUGCAUCAUUUGUUUGUAAAUAGCGUUGAGGGCUUUGUUAGAUUUUUUGAAGGAAUUUUGUCUGGCCUGCAAACCAUUCCCUUUAAAAAAAAUUUGACUACAAUAUACUGAAAACGCUUAUCGAAAAAAGUUAAUUUAAUUUGUUUUGAAUUUAUGGUAACUUAAAACGAAACCGCGUUAAAUGUUCGCAAUUUCGUCUAGUAAAAACAAAGUUAACUUACCAUUUAAUAUCUUCAUUCUAUACUUCGUUGCUUUUAUUAGUAUUUUAUAGAAUGGAAAUGUCUCGCAAGUUAUCUAGAAACGCAUUUGAAACCUGGACAAAACGCGAAGCGGCCGCCAUUGUUUUGGUCAGUUUUUAAAAUCGGCAAAUUUCGCUACUCAAGGUCUAAUAGCCCCCUGGGUGUAGCCAAUUAAAAUACAGGAUUUGCAUUAGUCCACUCGUUAGGUGAUAGUAAAUACACAUAUCAUAGCCCUCAACCAUCGAAAGUCCUAUCUGAAACUAUCCAAAAUAAUCCUUAACUGGACAGUUUUUAAAAAUUGAAGGAUGAUAGCUUUGCUAUAUCAGAUUAACUACCAGCAAUAUAAUUAAGUAAAAGAUAGUUUGAAGACCGCACGCGAUCCACGCGCUUAACACGUGACAAGGUUACUAGAAAUACUUAUCUCCCGUUAACCCUCGCGAGGCUCGGCUUUUGAGUAGCGCCACUCAAGUGCAGUGUCGGGCGGGGUUAGGAACUGGAGGCUGACCGCCUUGACUAGACCUGACCGCGAAGACUAGACUCUUUACUCCCAUGCACUGAUGCUAUUUUAUCAGUCGGAUAAUGAUUUAGUUUGAUAUAUUAUUAUAUUGAUAUGAUAUGUUUCGUAAACUGCCUAAAAUGAGUCUUUGUUUCAGUUUGAUGUAAUGUAAAGCAGUGCAGGUUGUUUGUUUGUUGUUGUUGUCGUUUUACAAAGCUUUUUAAGUUUUUAAGAAUUUACUGAGAGGAAAGUGGAUGUCAGAUUCUUCUCAUGCAAACCAACAAAAAACCGCUAAGGUUUAGCGCCGAAUUUCCCAUUUCUUUCCAUUACCAUUGGGCUUUUUUAAUUAUAGCCCUCGCUCCAAUCACUUCUUUCACAGUUAGGUUUGAUUAGUUCGAGGCUCUCCCCGCAUCUCUGUACGUUUUGAGCUUUACCAGUAUAUAAUUUUUUAUCUUUGUAUCUUUUUAGUGCGUUCAUCGCGACCUUUCAGCUAGAAAUGUCUUCAUUGGAGAAAACCUCGUAGCCAAAGUUGGCGACUUUGGAUUGGCACGUGAUAUCUCAGACUAUGGUAUUUACACCAAAAAAUCCAGUGUAAGUUAAAUACAUGUAGGCUUGUGAACCGUUUUGAACAGCACAAUUUUGGGACAGCCGACAUUUUCAACUGUCAUGAUGAUGAUGAUGAUGAUGAUGAUGAUACCUUUAUUAAAGUGUCAAAAAUUGUAAUAGCGGUGUAUAACCACUAAGUGGGGACACUAAAACAAAUUAAAAAAGAAUAAAUCAAUUAAUAAAUUAAUUAAAAUUAAGAAAAACUAUGUACAGUAUAAGCAAGUGAGAAAUUCGAGAGAACUAUAUACAAUAUGUACAAAUGUGUCCAUUAUCUUAUAAAAAAUAAGAAAUAAAAGAUCCACUCUUCUGAUGUUAUAUUUGAAGGAGGACAACGUGGAAGCUUUUUUCACGUUACUAGGAACAGAACUCCAUACCUUUGGGCCCAUAUACCUGAGCGAGUAAUUUCCAAAGGAGACUGUGUUGAAUCUGGGUAUAGUGAAGUCAUGAUUGCGCAGUUCAUACUUAAUUGCAGGCUUUUCAAAGAGAGUGCUAAUGUAUGUUGGGCACAUGUUGUUUUUAACUUUAUACAUGAGAAUAGCUAUGUCCUGUAGUCGCCGGUUGUGUAGAGUAGAUAGCCCAGCCAUAGAUAGUAAUUGACCAUAGGACGAAUGUUUAUCACAAUAUAUAGCCCUAAGUGCUCUUUCCUGGAUACGCUCUAGUCGUCUAGAAUCACUAGCACGGCAAAAAUGCCAUAUAAGGUGACAGUAGGUUAAAUACGGGAGAACAGCUGCCUUAUAUAACUGUAACUUAGUUUGUGUGGGUAUAAGGUUCCUGAGCCUCAUGAGAACGCCUACCCGCUGGGCGCUCUUCUUAGAGAUACUACUUAUAUGUUCAUCAAAACGAAGAUUGUUAUCAAUACAGACACCUAAUAGCUUGAGACAUUCAGUGGAUCUGACUUCAUGAUUGUCAAUCAUAAUACUGUCCAUAGACUUCCUUCCGCAACCAAGUGCCAUUGUCUGGUACUUGUCCAAAUUUCCCUUUAGUAAAUUAGCUCUGUACCAUGAAGAUGCUGACUCAGCGCAAACAGCAAGAUCAUCAUGCACAUCAGAGAGGGUGCUGCGAACGACAUAAAACUGGUGGUCAUCUGCAUACAUAUUCAUGUUCGCAUCAACAGUAUAAGUCAAAUCGUUUUGGAAGAUGUUCCAGAUGAGAGGUCCAAAUGCAGAACCCUGUGGGCAUCCCCUGGUCACCCUCUGCCACUCGCUCACUACAGAUCCUAGCUUGACCCUGUUAUAACGGUCUGUGAAGUAGGAGCCCAUCAAUCGCAGACUUCUUUCCUCAACACCAUAAGCUUUAAGUUUUGCAAGUGUAAGUGGAUGGUAAAGUGAAUCGAAGGCUUUGCUCAUGUCCGUGGAGAGAACACCCACAACGUUAUGCUCAUCCAGAGCGAAUUUCCAAUUCUCAGUCAAAGAUAAGAGAGCUGUCUCACAGCUAUUGUUUUUCCUGUAAGCUGUUAGUUUGUCGCACAGUUUGUUAUUAAAACCAUAACUGAGUUGCUUGCUGAGUAAUUGUUCAAAGAGUUUGUUUACAGUAACUUGUACAGUUAUGGGUCUGUAGUUUCCCAUUUUAUGGGGAUCUUCCUUCUUAAAAACGGGUGUCCAUUCACCCCUUUUCCAUCCCAAGGGCCACUCUCCGAGGGUUAUGCAUGAAUUAAAUAGUGACGUCAAUGGAUUUGUUAGCUCAGUAGCUCCAAGCUUGAGCGCCAUGGGAGGGAUGCCGUCCCAGCCUGUACUCUUCCUUACAUUGACGUUUUGCAGCGCCUUUUCAACUUCAAAACUCUGAAGAUUCUGAAACUGGAAGCCUUGAUAUCCUGUCAUCUUCUGCGUAAUAUUCUGGACACUAGGGUGGGUGGCGAGAACUUUGUCAUCAACCGCACUGGUGUCUCCAAUCCCAUCAGCCACAGUAGCAAAAUAUUCACACAAGUGAUUAGAAACCGCACAUUGGUCUCUACAGAUGGUCCCAUUGAUACUUAGGCUGAGCUCAUUUGUGUUGACCUUGUGCUUAUCAGUCAGAAAGGGCAUAAAUGUCUUAUAGAACUCACUCGGCUUGCACUUAAGCUUAGUGGCUUGCUCUUUCCAAUAUGUCCUUAUUGCCUUUCUCCGGAGUCGGGUGGCCUCGUUUCUGGUUAUCCGCCUAGCUUCCCAGUUCUCACUGGUUUGUUCCUUGAGAUACUUUUUUGCUGCCCUCCUCUUAGCUCUUAUGGCACCUUUCCAUUCUUUAGUCAUGUAUGGAACAUCCUGAGCCCUAACCCGCAUCUUCUUCGUAGGCAUAUGUGUAUUGACAAUACUGGACAGAAGCAUUUCCAUAAAAUUUGCCUUGUCGUCACAUGAAUUGAAAAUUUCACUAACAUGCCAUGGAGCAUACAUUAGAUCUUCUUUGUAUUUCUCCACAUCAAAAUCCUUUAGAGAUUUAAAUGUUACAAUCUUGCCUUUCUGGUGUUUUACCGUCUCAUUCAGGAAUCCAUAAAUAAGUCCGUGGUCACUGAGCGCAGGAUCAUGUACCCCACAAUUCUCAAAUAGUUCCGGGUGGUUAGUGAGAAUAACAUCGAUCAAGCUCUUAGUGAUAAGAGAGCCUCUCAUUUGUAUUCGAGUGGGUUCAGUUACCAUACAUUCGAGGCCCUGUUCCACCUCAAGAUCAAGAAGAAGCUUUCCUUCAGGGCUGCUGGGUUCCAUCCUGUUCAGGUUUAGGUCGCCUGUUAUUAUAACCGUCGGAUAUUGAAGGCUAGCCCAGUUGGCAAUAUGACUUAAUUCCUCCUCAAGUAGAAGUCUGUAUUUACCAGUAAGCUUCUUAGGCGGUCUGUAGAUAACCAGUAUAAUGGCAUUUCUCGAUUUGAGGCCAAUCUCCAAGGCCAAAGGCUCAAUAGUUUUAUAACACCUGUCAAAGGUGACUCUCUUGGAGAGUAUCUUAGAUGAGACAAACAAGAGAACACCACCUCCACCCUUUUUUCGGUCAUUUCGGUGCAAGUAGUACCCUGGUAUUAGGAACUGGGAGUCUGGGUAUGAACGAUCAAUUUUAGUCUCACUGACAGCCAUAAUUUGCACCUUAUUAUUGAUAAUAAUAUCUUUCAGCUCAUCAAAUUUGUUCUGAAUGCUGUUUAUAUUUAGGUGACAUAAUAACAUGCCCUUGGCAUUUUUCUGCCUUGCCGUAUUUAGUAGGUCGGGACCAGUAAAUGUGUUAGGUGUAGUUCCAUUUUCUCCCUGAUCAGUCAGUGUGAUAUCAUUUGUGUCAAGAUCAGUAUCCGAAAAACAGGCCUCGUUGAGCAUUUCAGCAUCCGAACACUUGUAGAAUGGCAGAGCCGCCCAUGUGCAUCUAUUGCAUAGCCAGCAGUUGUUCACCAUUGAUUUCAGGUACAUACACCUUAAGUGAAAACAUCCCAUACAAUUGGCACAUGAAAUGUUCUUUUGGUUCCACCUAAUUGUUUUCUGACAGUGAUCGCACUUUGCCGCGGUUGGUUUCGACCUGGAUAAUCUAUUAUUGGUGCUUGCCGCCUUUCCCUGGCUAGGCCCGGGAUUUUUUUCCACAUCACCGCUUAACAAGAGCGCUUGAGUAGCCAUAGAAUUAGUGUAAUAGGCAAUGCGUGCUUUGGAAUAUCGUAGCUUACGCCAUUUUGUGAAUACACCAGGAUCUACUGUUCCAUGCCAGGCGCGAAAUAGAACAAAGGAGAUGUUUUGAUGGUUACGCUCCAUCACCAAGAAAUUCCAUGCACUCUUGAAUAAAGACCCAUUGUCUGCAGGCCUUAAUUCCAAGAGCUCUUCAUUGCGGAGUACUCUUGGGACGACCUUCCACUCUCGUAUGCAAAUACGGAACUCCAUUACGAAAUCUUUCCAAUCUUGGGCUUGAAACGUCCAAACGUCUCUUUUAUAACCAUUUAAAUCAAUUUUGGUGACUGCCAAUUGAGAGAUAUUACCUUUAGUAAACUGCUCGUUGAGUUCGAACACAUUAAUGGAACACAUUAAUGGAUACAGUUUUGUAAGAAGAGAUCGUGAUUCAGGUCCUGGAGGAGGUGUCUUAAUAUAUUUCAAAUCGAACCUUACUGCUUAUUUGGUAACCCGUUGGAACUGCACCCAUCUAGAAGCGACAUGGCUGAAUGUAACAAUAAGAUCACAAUCUUUCCUGAUAGGAUGCAUUUAUAGACCACCUCAAGAUUCCUUAUUUUUCAAUCAUUUCAGGAACGUGCUAGAAAACAUCUGGCUAAGAAGGAAAAAUAUUAUUCUUUUGGGUGACUUCAAUUCUGACAUGUUAAAAGGAUCAAGUAAUACUGAAUCUCAAUAUGGAAAAAGGCUGGAAAGGAUAAUCUCCUCCUUUGGCCUUAAAAACAUUAUGUCCUGCCCGUCAAGAAUCACACUUACUUCAAAGUCUCUCAUUGACCUCAUCAUCACCAGCCAACCAGCCAAAGUGAAAACCUCUGGUGCAAUUGAUCUUGGUAUUUCUGAUCAUCACUUAGUAUUUGCUGUCUUUAUGACUACUAAAGCUAAUCCUAAACCCAAGUAUAUAACAACCAAAGCUUACAAAUCACUUGACAUCAAACAAUUUAGAAAUGAUAUAGAACAUGCGCCGUGGCAAUUGGCUGGUAUUUUUGACGACGUCGACGAUAGCUUGUACCUGUGGGACUAUUUAUAUAAGGAUAUAGUCAACCACCACCUCCCAACUAGGAAUGUUAAAAUAAGAUCCAAAUCUUUACCCUGGAUUUCUACUUACAUAAGGAAGCAAAUAAAUCUUCGCUAUAAGUUACUUAAGGAAGCCAAGUCAUCUCAAGAUCAAGUCAAAUGGGAAUUAUAUAAAUCCAAAAGAAAUGAAGUAAAAAAGUUGUUAAAACAAUCGGAAGCUGCUUAUUGGAAACAGGAAUUUAUGAAUUCUCAAGAUCCUAAGCAAUUUUGGAAACUAACCAACAAGGUUCUAAGGAAAAGUAAGGAUAGUACUAUUGGUCCCAUAAUAACUGACAGUAAAGAUGUAUUAACCAGUGAUCUAGAAAAAGCUUCUUACUUUAAUGAGUUCUUUGUUAAUAUCAGUGAAGAACUUACAAAGAAUUUAGAACCUCUUGAUCCAAACACCUUAACUUCUUAUGUAACAAGAGUCACUCCUACAAGAUGCGACAUAGAGUUAAAUUGGGAGCUAGUGAAGAAGAAAAUUGAAAAAUCAUCAAACCCGAAUAAAGCUACUGGACUGGACCUAGUCUCACCCAAGGACCUUAAACUCCUUGGGGAAUCUUCUAUCCAUAGCCUGCUGCCAGUUUUCAAGAAAAGUAUAGAUGAUGCAGUUUUUCCAACAAACUGGAAACUCUCACGUGUUAAGCCAGUAUUUAAAAAGGGAGCACCCACUGAUAUGAGCAACUUCAGGCCCAUAUCUCUCUUAAGUAUCCCAGGAAAGAUUCUUGAAGAUAUUAUAAGCAACAGCAUAGACAAUCACAUUGAAGCUCAGAACCUGCUUAGUGACAAUCAAUGGGGCUUUCGCAAGAAUCAUUCUACAGAGGGUCUCCUUCUUCAUCUUACUGACACUUGGAAGUGGGCCCUAGAUAAUAAUCUUAAAGUUGGUGUUCUGUUUAUUGACUUCAGGAAGGCCUUUGACUCGGUGAACCAUACCAUCCUAUUACAAAAGUUGAAAGCUGUUGGUAUAUCAGGAAAUUUACUAUCUUGGAUGGGAAGCUACCUGUUAAAUCGUAACCAAUUUGUUCAAGUUAAUGAAGUGAAAUCAGACACUAGCUCUAUCAAGUUUGGAGUACCACAAGGGUCAAUCUUAGGACCCAAACUGUUCUCCCUUUAUGUCAAUGACUUUCCUGAAUCUGUAACCUCGGGAGAACUUUAUAUGUUUGCUGAUGAUACUACCAUAUUUACCAUAAGUGAUAAUAUUGAUACUAUAAUUAAGGCCAUGCAAGUUAUACUAGAUCAAGUUCUUAGUUGGUGUGGUGCUAACAGAUUGAUUGCUCAUGAAACUAAGUCAGAAGCCUUAUUAUUAUCUAAACAAAGAUUCAUUGGUCCAUUGUUGCCUUUGAAGUAUGGUGAAAAAUUUAUUGAAUUAAAAUCAUCAUGUAAAUGUCUAGGAGUAACUAUAGACAGUAAUCUUUCUUGGCAAGAACACACUAAAAGUCUGUUAAAAUCUUUUAAUAAGAAAAUAGCAGUCCUCAGAAGAAUUAAAUUCUUGCCAUCAUCCAUUCUACAGACCAUUUAUUUUAGGACUGUACUUCCAAGUGUCUUAUACGGAAUACUAGUAUGGGGUUCCUGCUCACCUGCACUAAUGGAUGAUCUUGAGCGUGCUCAUAUACGAGCUUCUAAACUUAUUUUUAAACUUUCAAGGAAUUCGAAUGCUGAUCAAUUAAAUAAAUUGAAAGGCUGGAACAAUUUAUCAUUUUACUAUACUAAGAGACUGUUAGUAGAAGCGUAUAAAUCCUACUAUAGAUGCAAUACCAAUGUUUUAAAUGAUCUAGUAAUGUUAAAACAAUCAUCUCACUGCCUGAGGAAAUCAAUGAAUAUUGAAUUUCCAAGUCCUAAAUCAGAAAUUGGCAGGCUGACUUUUAAGCAUAGAGCUGCCAUUGCUUGGAACUCACUUCCUGAUUCGAUCAAAAAGUCUUCUAGCUUAGAAUGUUUUAAAAAAAGACUUAGAUCUAGCAAGGACUUAAUUAAUUCUAUAAGCUAUAAUAAGGAAUCUUCCAUGAUAAGAAAUAGGAAUGAGGAAUUUCUUUAUUAAUCUUAUUUAUAUUUGUAUUGUUAUUAUUAUUUAUUAUUUAAAUUCUGUUGAUUUUCUAUUUAUUCACAUGUAUAUACUUUAGUUUUUAACAAGUAGAUGGGCAGGUCCACAUCAGGACUUCAGUCUUGCGUAUUCUAUAACCUGCGUUACCAAAUAAACUAUGUAUGUAUGUAUGUAUGUAUGUAUUAGGACAGCAAGUUGCGGAGUAUAUAAGACAAAUUACGGAGAGCAAAAAUCCGUGUCUGACCGACAUUGUUAUGCAUGAUAUACCGUGAACUGCCGCUUAUAAGCCCUGGGCUUAUGUAUCUUCGUAAAGGGUUUUAGAAGGACUUAUAAACUGAGGGGUUUAUAUCCAAGCAGGGCUUAUAACCGAGGGGCGCUUAUCACCGGACUAGAACAAGCUUUAUAACAUAGCUAGAAUGUUCGCCUAAUCAAAUUUAAUGGCUCGAGCGCGCUCCAUGUUCCCAUUGAGCACACUGAUGACGUCAAUAAACUAUACCUCAAGUCUUUGUGACCAUCCUCCCAAGACGUCUCCCAAUGCAAGUGCAUACGUGAUGAAGCGCUUACCAUGUAUUUCAAAACGUAAAUUUAAGAGAAAACUUUUGAAUUUCUUAACCAAUAGUAGGAAAAUUGUGUUGUUGUUGUUGUCAUCUGCGCGAGCUGUGCGGGCUAUGGCGUGUGCAAAUCAUUCUUUGCAAAAAUCUUUCUCUCUGUGAAUUAAUAGUUUUUCGGUACCCCAAUAUGGAUUUUACAAUCUUUUGUAAUGUUAUCUUAAGUGAGUUGAGUUAAUCUCGCUCAGUUUCAAGACAAGCUUUAAAACAUAACUGUCAGGUAAAAAUAUAUAUAGUCACGUAGACACUGACGCGCGCUACAAUAAUAAAAUUUUAAGUGAACUGCUAUAUCGAUCGCUUUGAUAAUGUUAUAAAACAAUUAGUUCAUGCUUCAACUGUGCGUAUAUAUGUCGAGAUGUUGAGCACUUGGGAAGUUUGGAGAGCACUCGAGAGGUUAGAGCUGCUCUAAACGCUUACGCCUUUUUCGUGCUCUCCAGACUUCCCGCGUGCUCAAUAUCUCGAUAUACGCACGCGACGCAUGAACUAAUUGUUAAAUAACAGUGCUAAUCAAAAUACGUUUAUCAUUUACUGGCUUUUUUAAUUAAAGUGUUAUAAUAAAUCGAAUUCAUUUCAAUACAUUUAAAACAGAAAACUCGAACAAAACUGGAACAUAACAAACCUGAAGUUCAGACUCCAUCAUAAGAAGUGGCAAAUACGUACUGUACACAAACAAAGCCUUUCGUUAAGCCUGUUAACUGUGUUUAGAACAUAGCAAAAGUAAAUCGCGCGCUCUGAUUGAUCAGUUAGCCACUACCAUUUGCCCGUGGGUGCACGCCAAGAAACUGAGCUAGCGGGGUAAAAUUUACGCAAAUUCAACAAAUCUCAUCUCCUGACGGUAAAAUACACCGAUGAAAUGCACAGAUGAAAAGUGGAAGUUGAAGAAAAUAGUAAGCUGUCGUUUUGAAGGAAAAAAGACAAAAGAUCAAGCGAAAAAUUUGCCCUGGAUGAAAUAAUCACUGUUUUCCUCGCGGCUAGAAUCGGCUGAAGGAUAAUCGAGCGAGUGAGGAUUUAAGGUACAUUUUGUGUGUUUUUUUAAAAAAAGAAAGUCUGUUUGAAAUGUAAAUUUAUCAAUUAGCAUUGUGUUAUUGACUUUUUGGUCAAGCUGAUGCUAAAUUGAAGCAAAUAUUUUAGGAAACACUCUCAAAUUCGAGACAGCUUUGUUGUGAAGUUUUCAUCGCAUCGAUUAAAAAUUUUAGUUGAGUUUAAACGGGCACAUUACACUGGAAUAAGCGAGUUUCAGUUGAGUACAGAAACAUUUGGGUUUUCAAAUAAAUUUUUCAAAAGAUAACUUCUGUGUGUAUUAUUUUGUUCCUCAGUGUUCAUACAUAACAGUCGUUCAGAAAACGGUCAAAAAACAACAGCUUCAUCGCCGGCUGUGUGUCGGCGAAUUUCAGUUGGAACUUUGACUUUUAUAGAUUUAUAGCUGGAUUUCCCCAGACAGAUUUCGAUACAAAGCUAGUUAAUUUCUUUUUAAAAUUAGUGUUACCUGUUAUUCUAAAGGAAUUACGGUCAAAUUUUCUCAUUUCUACUUGACGUUUAUUUAAAAAAUUGUCAUAUAAAUAAGAUUGAAAAUUAUUUCAUUUAUUAAGUUUUAGCUUAUUGUUUAGAGUCUUUUUAACUGGUGUUUAUAGUUGCUAAUAUUAAGAGCAAGUAGACAGAUGCCAUUCAGAAUAACGACAAAAAACGUUUUGCAAUUUACCUGAAGACGGAGAACGGUUGAUUCAGCGAAAGAAAAACUAAAAGGCAAGUUUUUGAAAAACAUAGAAGAUGAUUUGUUUACGCGCGGGCAGAUGGCAACAUACAUGAACUCGUACCGAUGACUCAACCGAAGGCAAAUGGAAAAUAAUGUUUUUCUCUUUUGAUUAUGUUAUAAAAGAAAUGGUAAACGUUGCAGCUGUGCAACCAUAUAUGGAGUUAUGGAUGCACUUGGGAGGUUUGCUAAGCACUCAAGAAGCUAGAGUCGCACUCGGCUAUCGCCUCGUGUGACCCUUACGCUUCUUUCGUGCUUAGCAACCUCCCGCAUGCAUCCAUAACUCCAUGGUUGCACGCUGCCCGUUUACCAUUUCUUGAAUUGUACGGCAACUGUAAAGCAUUGUAAACUUUUAGAAGCUGAUCCUAAAAAGUGCUUGCUAAAACAGGAAAAAUUAGAGAGGGGUUUUGUAUCCGGAGGGGAUUAAUAUAGAGAUUUAGCCAGGGCUAAAAGCGAAGCUCUCGUUAAUAUCUUUAGUUUACUCAAAAUAUAAAACCGUGUAAUGCUUUUAAAUAAGCGAUGAUGGGAGCGAAGACGGUAAAAAAAUCAGUAGGUCUAAUCAGCAAAAAACAACUUUGCACCUGCAGUACACUUUUUAUAUACAUUUCUUUGCCAUCGAUCUGCACGACUAUAACGUAAAACUUCCAGAAACUUCCAAGUGAGACGUUUUAUGGAGGAAAUGUUGUACGUGUUCCUGUUCACUAUUUUUUUCACUGCUGCUCAUUUUCACCUUGGUGGCCGCUAGCAUUUUUUAUUUUCUCACCACAGCUAUAAAAUGUUCAUGUUUUUCUUCCAACGAAAUUGGUCUUUCUUUGUUUUUUAUCUCUCGCUCUAGCUCUUUCUCUGUUAUCCACGUCAUUGUAAAGAUUAAAAAUAAGUCGAAAGAAAGGAUCGGCUUUGUUGUUGUUUUUUUUUUAUCUCAAAAAGUCUGGGUGGUUAUGCAAUUUACGCUCGGGUACUUGAAAUGAAAAAUUUCACCCCGGCUUACAUGAAGGGGUGGACUUGCGAACGGACGCGUACGGACGUUUUUCUCAAAACCAAGGUGUCUUGGAUGCUUAGACAACCAGAUUUCUUUACCCAUGGUGCUCCGCUAUAAUGAGAUUUAUUUAUUAUUUUUUAGGGGUAGAUGGGCCUAUAACAAGGGGGGCAUAGGUGGAGGGGAGGGGGGAGGGGGCUCUUAAGGUAUUCCCUUCAACUUCGACUUUGCGAUUUUUUUAGUAUGUAAUAGGGAUGCCGAAAGGACAUGAUCGCGGGUUAUUCAAAUUCUAAAGCGAGAAUCUUUCUCUCUUUUGUAGGGUAGAGUACCUUGGAGAUGGUUAUCCUUAGAAUCGUUAAAGGUCCAAGUAUAUACUGCCAAAAGUGACGUGUAGGUGUCCAAACUGGUUUCAUUAACGAUCAGCUGCGAUACUUGAAGCAAUGAUGUUUGACUUCAUGUUUUUACAUACCGUUUAGUCAUGUUCGUGCAUGUGAAUGGAUUUAUUUGACUUGCAUAUCUUUCUGUUUCUUUCGUUUCCUUAAAGAUGGUCCUAUGGUAUUGUCUUGUGGGAAAUUGCCACUUACGGUGGGUAUCAAAUAUUAGCAAAUUUUUAUCGUUUUCUCAUAGCUGUUUCCUAAGCAAAAUAUGUUGUUAUCUUGGUUGUUGUCUUCAGGUGAGGAGCCAUACCCUAACAUAGAAACGCCAGAGGAUCUCAUACUUUGGCUCUCCAUGGGGAACCGGUUGUCUCGUCCCGAACAUAGCUCAGAGAAACUGUAA